UGCCGAAUCUGCAAAGCGAUUCUGCGGUAGCUGCGGCGACGGUGGCGGCGGCUGCGGCUGCGGCGACGGUGAGGAAGCGGCCACGGAGCAGGGCGGCGGCUACAGGUCAACAAAAUCCAGUAAUUUAGUUGCUGGAACUUUCCUGCCAACAUGGGGGAGCUUUUCCGCAGUGAAGAGAUGACAUUGGCACAGCUUUUUCUACAAUCUGAAGCUGCUUAUUGCUGUGUCAGUGAGUUGGGAGAACUUGGAAAGGUUCAGUUCCGAGAUUUAAAUCCAGAUGUGAAUGUAUUUCAACGAAAAUUUGUCAAUGAAGUUCGGAGAUGUGAAGAAAUGGAUCGGAAACUCCGGUUUGUUGAGAAGGAGAUAAGAAAAGCCAAUAUCCCUAUCAUGGACACAGGUGAAAACCCUGAAGUGCCUUUCCCCCGGGAUAUGAUUGACCUUGAGGCAAACUUUGAGAAGAUUGAAAAUGAACUGAAAGAAAUCAACACAAAUCAGGAAGCUUUGAAGAAAAACUUCCUGGAACUGACGGAAUUAAAAUUUAUACUACGCAAAACUCAGCAGUUUUUUGAUGAGAUGGCGGAUCCAGACCUGUUGGAGGAGUCUUCCACCCUCUUGGAUCCAAGUGAAAUUGGAAGAGGCACACCCUUACGGCUUGGCUUUGUGGCUGGUGUGAUUAACCGGGAGCGCCUCCCUACCUUUGAGCGUAUGCUGUGGAGAGUGUGCCGGGGAAAUGUAUUCCUUCGUCAAGCUGAAAUUGAAAACCCCUUGGAGGAUCCUGUGACUGGAGACUACGUGCACAAGUCAGUAUUUAUCAUUUUCUUCCAAGGUGAUCAACUGAAAAAUAGAGUUAAGAAAAUCUGUGAAGGGUUUCGAGCUUCACUCUAUCCCUGUCCUGAGACACCACAAGAGAGGAAGGAAAUGGCUUCUGGAGUUAACACCAGGAUUGAUGACCUCCAAAUGGUUCUAAACCAAACAGAAGAUCACAGGCAAAGGGUCCUCCAGGCAGCUGCUAAAAACAUCCGUGUCUGGUUCAUCAAAGUUCGGAAGAUGAAGGCCAUCUACCAUACCCUUAACCUGUGCAACAUUGAUGUAACCCAGAAGUGUCUGAUUGCUGAGGUCUGGUGCCCUGUCACUGACCUAGAUUCCAUCCAGUUUGCUCUGAGGAGAGGCACGGAGCACAGUGGCUCUACAGUCCCCUCCAUUCUGAACAGAAUGCAGACAAACCAGACUCCCCCAACUUAUAACAAAACCAACAAGUUUACAUCUGGUUUUCAGAACUUGGUAGAUGCUUAUGGCAUUGGGACUUAUCGGGAGAUCAAUCCAGCUCCCUAUACCAUCAUCACUUUCCCUUUCCUGUUUGCUGUCAUGUUUGGAGACUUUGGCCAUGGGAUUUUGAUGACUCUCUUUGCUGUGUGGAUGGUGAUGCGAGAGAGCCGAAUCCUCUCCCAGAAAAAUGAGAAUGAGAUGUUUAGCACUGUGUUUAAUGGCCGGUACAUCAUUCUGCUGAUGGGUGUGUUCUCCAUUUACACUGGACUUAUCUACAAUGACUGCUUUUCCAAGGCAGUUAAUAUAUUUGGGUCAUCCUGGAGCGUCAGGCCAAUGUUCAUAUCUAAUUGGACGGAAGAGACACUUCGAGGGAAUCCUGUUCUCCAGUUAGACCCUGCCAUCAAAGGGGUAUUUGAGGGACCCUACCCUUUUGGCAUUGAUCCGAUUUGGAACAUUGCUACCAAUAAAUUGACCUUCCUUAACUCGUUUAAGAUGAAAAUGUCUAUCAUCCUUGGUAUAAUUCACAUGAUAUUUGGUGUUACUCUCAGCCUUCUCAACCAUAUCUAUUUCAAGAAGCCUCUGAAUAUCUACCUUGAGUUUAUUCCGGAAAUUAUCUUCAUGAUCUCAUUGUUUGGCUACUUAGUCAUCCUCAUUUUUUAUAAAUGGACAGCAUAUGAUGUUCAUACUUCUAAGGAUGCACCAAGCCUUCUGAUCCACUUCAUAAACAUGUUCCUUUUCUCCUACUCAGACUCCAGUAAUAAGAUGAUUUAUUCUGGGCAGCAAGGAAUUCAGUGCUUUCUGGUGGUGAUUGCAAUGCUGUGUGUUCCGUGGAUGCUGUUGUUUAAACCAUUGAUCCUUCGCCAUCAGUAUUUAAGAAGGAAGCAUUUGGAAGGGCAGCCUGUGGAGGCCCCAGUCAGCCCAACCCAGAGCGAGCAGGGACUAGAGGCAGCAGCGGCUGCAACAGGAACUCACAACUUUGGUGGGAUCAGGGUGGGCAACGGACCGACUGAGGAGGAUGCUGAGAUUAUUCAGCAUGACCAACUCUCCACCCAUUCAGAGGACGCAGACGAGCCUACCGAGGAUGAAGUGUUCGACUUUGGUGACACCAUGGUGCAUCAAGCCAUCCACACCAUUGAGUAUUGCCUGGGCUGCAUCUCUAACACAGCGUCCUACCUUCGGCUCUGGGCCCUCAGCCUUGCUCAUGCACAACUGUCUGAGGUACUCUGGACCAUGGUCAUCCAUAUUGGCCUAAAGGUGGAGAGUUUAGCAGGAGGCUUGGGCCUCUUCUUCGUCUUUGCAGGAUUUGCCACGCUUACUGUUGCCAUCCUCUUGGUGAUGGAGGGUCUUUCGGCCUUCCUCCAUGCACUGAGGCUGCAUUGGGUUGAGUUCCAGAAUAAGUUCUACAGUGGUACUGGCUUCCAGUUCUUCCCCUUCUCUUUCGACAACAUUCGUGAAGGAAAGUUUGAAGAGUGAUCAGUGAUCCAGGCUGUCCCAGAACUCCCUGCCCCCUACUGUGGUGAUUAGCUCAUCUCUCCAGUCUAUGUGUUUGUUGUGAUCCCCAAGGCCUGGCUACCACCAGACCUCCUUCGCCAUCUGUGGAAGUCGUGUAGACUGUGAUUGCUCCCCUGUUCUGUCCUUGAUCCCCACUGCUUUGUGUUCUGUGAAGAGCUUGAGCAGCACAGCCACGAUUUGGACGUAGCCACUGAUCAGAGAACGGUCACCUUCCCAACCCCCUACCCAUUAGACAUUAUAGAGGCCAGGAGGAAGACCUCUCCCUCUCUUUCCCCAGUCUUUGGUUCACUCACUUUUCUCACAUUUGGAACCAACCAGGAACAGGUGGUUGGGGAAUUGACACCAUUUUUUCUUCUUGUUACACAAGGGGAACAAUAGCUCCCAACUUCUGAUGUGUGUGCCCUACAGCUCUAGCAGGAACUAUUGGAGGAAUUCCCAAAUCUCCCACCUCAGGAAGGGGGAACUUAAGCUCAACAACAGAUCUGGGAAGGUGAAUUUUUGUACCUCCUUUCGACCGUGAACCUUUGGGGGUCUUGCUGAAAUCUGGAGCUCAAUUGGAGCAGAAAGAGGGAGGAUGUGGCCUGGGCCUGGAAUUAAGAACUCCUCGCUCUACCCAAAACCCAUGCAGGGGGGUUCUUUACUUGAGAUUUAUAACUCCUUAAUCCCUCCCAUAUGUCCAAAGUGCAGAGUUGUUGCUCAGAGCAAGAGUUUCUUGUUUUCUUCUUAAUCCAUUGGGACUUCCCUCUCCUAGCUGAUAUCCUCCUCCUCCUCUCCUCCACCCCAGGCCUUUCACAACUCCUCUGUUCCCCAUCUCUUUAUUGGUUUGGGGGGGAAUAAGGACAACAGAAAAUCAUUUUGCACUGAGACUUAUCCUAUAUGGAACUGAACAGGAGACCCCCAAAGAUUCUGAUCCCUCCCUCCACAAUCAUGCUGUUUUGGUACGGACUAUGGCCACCCAUGACGAUUCUCUUUGUGAGGCUGGUGGACCUUGCUUGUUUUUCUAGCUCUUGUCCCUGCCCCUUCCCACCCUUGAACCUAUUUUUCAAAAAUAGCUAGAGUUGGGCAUGGGAAGUAGUGCCAGGGAAGAGCAGCUUCACCUCCACCUAGGUUGCUAAAUGGAGAUCAGUGAACUGCACUUCUGGAGGAUGCGCUUCACCUUGACCCACACCGAGCUGUCAGGUUUAUGGCUCUUUAAUCAUGUGUUGGCACGGUGGCCCCAAUAGCCAUGACAGUUGUAGCUAAAUUGGCAUCUGUCCCCACAUAUCCCCUGAAUGGACCAGCCCUGUCCUUACUAUCGAUCGCUCCUGCUCUUUACAAAUGAAUGAAUAUAGGGAAUUCCUCUGACUACUGCCCGCCCUCUGGCAGUGAGAGAGAGAUUGUCUUAAGUUUGUCUGGGACAUGUGAGCACAAGUCCUCUGAAGGAAGAUGGUUGGGAGAGAAGACGCGGGGAUGGUUCUCCUUCCCUGGGAAAAGAAAUGCAUGAGCCGAAGAGACUGAUACUAGAGAAUGAGGAUCGGGGGAAGCUCGGUUCCUUGUGUGUUGGCUGCUGUGAUUCUGCCUCGAUUCCUUGUGCAUGGUGUUCCCCUAUUUACCCUGGACCUUGUUUACAUGAGCUUUUCUGUGUGCUUACAGUAGAGUUUGUUUAAAAUGGAGUCACCCUAGGGGAAGCCCUGUACAAGGGCCCUCUGCAAACAUGUCUCUGCUGAAUAAAGUAUUUCGCUUCACUCAGAA